AAGUGGUUCUUAAAUUACUUAUACAGUUAAUACACGACAUACGAGAUUAUUGAAAAUAAUAGUCUUGACAUAUUGCAUGGCAAACACCCUGUGCUGAACUACUUUGUGGUUCAGGCUUUAUUAACAGCUGAUUUGCUUACAGCAGUAGAAUUGCAUUAGAGAAAGAAAUAUAUACCAGUAAAUACAAUAUUAAAUUUAGAAAUAUCAAGUUAUUGUUAUAAAUAAUUUUAAUAACGUAACGAAAUAAAAAUGGCAACAUUAGAAGAUAAAUUAAUGGGAGAAAAGCUAGAAUACUAUUGCAGCAGUAGUGAAGAUGAAGGCGGUGAUGAUGGUGAAAGUAAAGAAAGGCGUUCUAAGGGCAGUAAACAAGGGACCGCAGCCUAUGUCGAUCCUGAUGUGUGUCCGCCUCCGCCAGCAGAAGGUUAUCGUUCACAACUUUCCACUAACACUGGACCUAAAGGUGUAGUGCAGGAUUGGCAACGUUUUAAGCAACUACAAGCGGAGAAAAGAGAGGAAUCUGAACGUCAACGCAUAGAAUUGGCUAAAAAAUUAUCUAUGACAACGGCCACUGCCAAGGAAGAGGAGGAGCGUAAGCGUCAAGAAGAGAUCGAUGCUGAAUUAGAUGAACUCAUGAGUGAAGAUUUCUUGCAACAAUAUCAAAAGCAACGUAUGGCCGAAAUGCUAAAAGAGUGUGGUCAUAUAAAACAAUUUGGUAAAGUUAUAAAUUUAACUAUGCACGAUGAAUUUUUAGACUUUGUGGAGAAAGAAAAUAAACAUACUACCGUUAUAAUCCAUAUUUACGAUAAGAGCAUAAGCUCUUGUUCGACUUUGAAUAAUUGCCUUGAGACACUAGCAACAGAGUAUCCGUCAAUAAAAUUUGGCAAAAUAUGCAGCUCUGUUGCUGGCAUGAGUCGCGAUUUCCGUGCAAAGGGCUUACCCGCUCUGCUUGUAUAUAAGGCUCAAGCGUUAAUUGGUAAUUUUGUACGCGUAACAGAUGAUUUAUCAGAUGAUUUCUUUCCAUCAGACGUAGAAAGCUUUCUUAUAGAAAAUGGUAUAGUUGUUGACAAGGCACUUUAUAAUUAGAGAGCAAUUUUCUUGAAAUAACAAAAUAGAGUCUACAGUUGAAGAAUAUUACUAACUGAAAUUCUGUGGAAUUUAUUUUGGCUUCGCGAAAUGAAACUCAUAUUUACAUUCAAGCGAAAAAGUAUGUAAUACAUUCUGUGCGAUCCAGAAUCUAAAUUAAAAUAAAUUAAGCCUACACUGUGUUCCUUUCAAAUUUGUAAAAAAAAAGGUAAUCAAUUUUGAAAUACAAAAUCAUUAGCGUAGGUAAACUUCAAUGUUUGUAAUAAACCAACAAUUGAAGGAGCAUAAGAUAAUGUACUCUAAUUAGGUAUUUAAGUAUUUGUAAUGUGAAUUUAUGUAAAAAAGAUGUAUCUAACAUCAGUAACCAUUAUAUAUGUGCGAUAAAGAAAAAAUAAUAAUAAAGUAAUCAAUUAUAUUGA